AUGGCCUCCUACCUCACCCAGCCAUUGGCUGUUGGCGGCGACCUUGUUCGAAGUACACUUGGAAGCGUGUCUUGGGGACCUGCCCUAUCCGUUUCCAAAGCGGCAGUAACCUCCCUCUUCUCACGCAUCGAAAAUGGCACUCUGGUGGUAACCGAUGAGACAACGGGACAAAGCACAAGCUACGGCCAGAAGAUCGCAAAGGCGCACUCCAGUCUUUCCAAUGGUGUAAAUGAGACUUCGAAAAAGCGUAUUGGGGCGGGUAAAGUAGAGUUGAUUGUUCGGAAGGAGACAUUCUGGGUGCGCCUGUUCCUGUUUGCGGAUAUGGGGUUUGCCGAGUCGUUUAUGUUGGGGGAGGUUGAAUGCUUGGAUUUGACUGGCUUCUUCCAGCUUUUUAUCCUAAACCGUACACAAUUGGCUAAUGCUACGACAUGGACAUCCUCCAUUGCCGCGACGAUCACUGGACUUGCAAGAGGCACGAAUACCCUUUCGAAUUCUUUGCUGAAUGUGUCGGCACAUUAUGAUAUCAGUAAUGAGAUGUUUGCCGCCUUUCUGUCGGACGAUAUGACAUAUUCAUGUCCAAUAUGGAAAGCUCAGUCGAGUGCGGACCAGAAGGUAGAGACAUUAGAGGCGGCUCAAAUGACCAAAUUGAAUCGAUUUAUAGAUGGCGCCCAUAUCAAGCACACAGACCACGUUUUGGAGAUUGGAACGGGUUGGGGUUCAUUCGCUAUAGAAGCAGUGCGAAAGACUGGAUGCAGAGUUACGUCCUUGACAUUGUCAAUUGAGCAAAAGGAACUCGCCGAAAAGAGGAUUGCCGCAGCUGGAUUCACAGAACAAAUCGAAGUCAUGCUCAAGGACUACCGAGCUCUUCCAACGCCCAAAGUACCCUAUGACAAGAUCAUUUCGAUUGAGAUGUUGGAAGCAGUGGGAAGAGAGUAUUUGGAAACAUAUUUUGGUUGCAUACACCGGCUGCUUAAGAAAGAUGGAAUGGCUGUUUUCCAGUGCAUCACCAUGCCCGAAGGUCGAUAUGAAGCGUACGCGAAGGGUGAGGACUUCAUUCGAAAAUACAUCUUCCCAGGAGGGCAUCUUCCUUCAAUCACGCAGCUCGUCGAUAAUAUCACUAAAGGCUCGAAAGGCACACUGAUCGUGGAACAUAUUGAAAAUAUCGGAGGCCACUAUGCGAAAACUUUGCGUUUGUGGAGGGAAAAAUUCCUCGCCAACUUUGAGUCUCGGAUUCGACCAGGUCUAAUGAUCGAGCAUCCUGAAAUGGGAGACAGAGAAAUUGAGGUAUUCCGAAGAAAGUGGGAGUAUUAUUACUCGUACUGCGAAGCUGGCUUUGCUACCAAGACGCUCGGGGAUGCGAUAAUUACCGUUGGUCGUGAGGGAGCGAUGGAGUUGAUGGAGGGUAUCCCACUUUGA